UGCAUGUCCACCAUGCUGGCUCGCUUGUAAAAAACUUGGGCCCUCCAUAGAAAUGCCGUUGCCUCCAGAUGUACAUGAUGAUUCAAAAUGGUUGGGGUUCGCUAUAUAUGUUCUGUAUGGUAUUCAAAUGCAACCAGCUGGUUUCAGUUUCAAGCUGGAUUUAACAAUUUUUCUUCGCUCUAGUGAUGAAGUUUCUUUGGCACCUUACACGGUCUUUCCCCUCUCUAGAGACGUUUCUGAUGAGUCACCACAAGAUUCACAACGACUUGUGGUAUUUUACAUACCACGCCGGGUUUUUCGGUUGAAUCAAUGUAAUCACAUUGGGGCUUCAUUUAAAAGUAGUGACACAGCUGUGCAAUUGGAAUCGUGUGGAAUCCGUCUUGUAAAUGAGCAAAAUGUCGCAGAGUUUGUUCCAGCACUUGUUGAGUACAUGUUAGGGAGUCCAGAUUCCAAUCACCAAUCUUUGUCCGAACAUCUUUCACAUCAACUUGGAAUGUUGCAAGACUGCAACCAUGAAAAAGAUUAUCGUUGCCCUUUCUUACCAGAAAGGAGGCCUAACCCCAUGCGAAUGCUUCUACGAAAUAAUAAAACUAUACAAGAGGAGUCCACUUCACGGGAAACAUUUUCAAAUCAAGUAAUUGCCACAGGCACUUCGAAAAAUUCAAGGCCAGGCUCUAUUAAUUUAGGCUUAUCAUUUGGAAAUGGGCAAUGUGGAAGUAAGAUGUCAGGCAGCCUUGAAUGUUGGUUUAAACCAUAUUUGCAGAACCACCAAAAGUGCAGUAGUGCUUUCAAUCGCUGUUCUUCUCAAAGUGAAAUCCCAAAGUGA